AUGACUUUUAGUAUAGCAGAUGAGGUGUUUGGGGAGAUUAUGUUGCUGGAUGCUUUAACUGGUGGAAUUGCAACAGGUUUAUUGCUUAUGUUGUUUGAGGAAUCACUUGUUGUUCAUAAUUAUGGGAGGGGGAUGUAUGGUGUUUUCUGUGAAGUAUGGGUGAUGAAGCAGUAUGGAGUUUUGGAAUCUUGGAGUAGGUUGUAUCGUAUAAAUUUGAUUGCAAACUUGAAGAAAGCUGUUGGAUUUAGGAACAACGGUGAAGUUUUGAUUUCAACUAGGGAGAAUGGUCUGGUUUCUUAUGAUCCAAAUAGUGGAAGAAAUACGGAUCUUGGUAUUCAAGGAUACACUUGGUCAUUUUUUGUUCACAAUUACAUGGAAUCACUUAUUUUGCUCAAAGGGAAUAAUGUCAUUCCAGGUGGGUUCUUGGGAGGAAUUGGAGGUUUAUGA